AACACUUUAUUUAAAAAUACAAAAAAAAUUUGUGAUGCUUCGUAGCACUGUAAUGAUGUUUUGCUGAUUGUUUUCUUCUAGGUCAGUGAUGAUGUCUGUUUUUGUUCAGGUCUGUAAUGUUAAGAAUUGAGAUGAUUCUGCUGUUGGUGGUCAUGUUGGCUUCACCUGCUGCCUGUAUGGAAGAUAAAGGCAGCACUGGUGAUGUUGAGUGUGUUUGCGAGGGGUUCUCAUGCAAUGGUGACCAGCACUGUUUUGGCCUGCAGUGUUUCUCCUCCCUGUCUGUUGAGAACGGGAUGGCCCUUCAGCACAAAGGAUGCAUUGUUGGUAGUGAAGAAGUGGCAGUGCGCUGCAAAAACUCCCAGACUGUGGACUCACUGGUGCACUGUUGCCAGGAAACAUUGUGUAAUAUGAAUGUUACCGUGGAGAUGCCAAGUACAGUGGUGGAGGGCCCCAACUAUAGUGUGACAACACUGACCAUUGUGAUUGUGGCUCCAGUCAUCGUUCUGAUUCUGUCUGGUGUGGCUAUCAUGAUCUUCCGUUGUAUUCACCAUCACCAGAUGGAGCAUCUGACUGCUCAUGAUGCGGAGUAUGGCACCAUCGAUGGUCUGAUUGCAUCUAAUGUGGGAGAGAGCACACUCGCGGAUCUGUUGGAUCAUUCCUGUACAUCUGGUAGUGGCUCUGGACUACCUUUCCUGGUCCAGAGGACAGUAGCCAGACAGAUCACUCUCAGCGAGUGUGUUGGUAAAGGUCGGUAUGGAGAGGUCUGGAGGGGUCAGUGGCAGGGAGAAAGCGUGGCUGUGAAAAUAUUCUCAUCUCGAGAUGAGAAAUCUUGGUUCAGAGAGACAGAAAUCUACAACACUGUCCUGCUUCGACACGAGAACAUUCUGGGCUUUAUUGCAUCUGAUAUGACAUCGCGUAACUCCAGCACUCAGUUGUGGCUAAUCACACAUUUUCAUGAGAUGGGCUCUCUCUACGAUUACCUGCAACUCAGCAUGCUGGAUGCUUCUGCCUGUUUGCGGAUGGCACUGUCCAUCGCCAGUGGCCUGGCCCAUCUGCACGUGGAGAUCUUUGGCACACAGGGCAAACCAGCUAUCGCUCACAGAGACUUAAAAAGCAAAAAUAUUUUAGUCAAAAAAAAUGGCCAGUGCUGCAUUGCAGACCUCGGUCUCGCCGUGAUGCAUUUUCAGGACACAAAUGAGCUGGACGUAGGGAAUAAUCCUAAAGUUGGGACCAAGCGCUACAUGGCCCCCGAGGUUCUCGAUGACUCCAUUCAGACAGAUUGCUUUGAGUCUUACAAACGAGUCGAUAUCUGGGCCUUUGGACUUGUGCUGUGGGAAAUUGCUAGAAGGACAAUAAGUAAUGGUAUUGUUGAAGAUUACAAGCCCCCAUUCCAUGACGUAGUGUCGAGUGACCCAAGCUUUGAGGACAUGAAGAAGGUGAUUUGCAUAGACCAACAGAGACCAAACAUCCUAAACAGAUGGUUCUCAGACCCAACUUUAACAUUAAUCGUUAAACUCAUGAAGGAAUGCUGGUACCAGAACCCAUCAGCCAGACUUACAGCAUUACGCAUCAAAAAGACUCUGACAAAAAUGGAUCAUUCUUUGGACAAAAUAAAAGAGGACAUAUGAACUACUUCUUAUGGAAGACCUUAAAGGCCUUUUACCCUGCCUAGUGGAUGUCUCAUCUGGAGAACAAACCCGAAAAGAGAUAAUCUUGGUUUAGUGCUCUUAUAGAGGCACAUCAUAUUUAUUUUGAAUUUAAAGUGGGGCAUAUUUUGGCAUCCAAAGAUGUUGUAGCGGGCAUUUAAAAGACUGCAGACUGCUUUUCAUAUGGGAGUUAUUUCUUAUAGCACAUAGGAUUUUCCUUUCUCGUUCUGUCACAUACAGUAACUACAGCUGGGCAUUUGAAGAAACCACUUUAAUGUUACAAUUUACUUAAAAAAUAUGUAACCUUACCAACUUACAAAUCAGACAGUUCUAGUUCAUAAUACAGCUACACCAUAUUCAACUGCAACUCUACAAAGAAAAGAGAUAUUGCUUUUUCAUCCUGGCUCUUUAUCAUUGUCAUUUUUAGUGUAAGUAGACAGUAAACAUUACUCAGUCAAUCUGUCCUGAACAAAUUAUGAGUUUUAAGGUUGCAACUCAGUGUCUUUAUGCACCUUCUCUUGUGUAAUGUGUUAAAUCUGAAAGGUUUUGUAUAUCACUGCACAUUUAACAUUAUGUAUUUGUUUUUUGUAAGUUUCAUAUUGUUUGUAAAUACAGAUGCUGAAAGAGUAAAACAACCUAAAUAAACCAACAAGAUCCUGAA